AUGGCCAAACCAUCCGUAGACAAAUCGAAACCGAAAUCCAAACAAAAGAAGAAUGUUGCGAAUUAUUCGAAUCCUUCUAAUCCACCCAUCAUUCCAGGAGACCUGGAAUUGGAUCCCAUCCCAGAGGACACGUCGGUAGCACCGUCUUCUAGAGCGGGCAACAUUCAUAACAACGCAAUGUCCUCGGCUGCUUCGGCCGUGGCUUCUUCCAAUUCCUCCUCCUCUUCCGAUAUGGCCUCAUCAUUGCCACAGAAUCAAUCACAUCAAUCACAUCAAUCACAUCAACAACAACGACGACAACAAUACAAUCGCAACGACAGCGGCAGUCGAAGCGAUGUGACUGGUUCCGCCGUGAAUGAAUUAAUGUACGGUGCAGAUUCGGAACAAUCACCACCCCAUGAAAAACCACCGGAAGUCUUCUGCAACAAGCGCGUCCGCAUCUUUACCCUCUUUUUAAUUUUGUUGCUCGCUGGCAUUGGCGUGGGAAUUCAUUUCAUUGUCCAAGCCAUUGACGAAGAAAAUGAGGGCAAGUAUGGUAAUAACAACAACAACCACAACAACUUGGGUCAGCCUACCAUGCCUCCUACCUAUCCGACCUUUGACGAUGUCUUUAUUGAUGGACCCACACCCGUUCCUACCUACUCUCCCAUUCAAAUUCAAUCCAUUGACGAUGUUUUAUUGGAACUCUCGGCGGAAACCAGAAACGUUGUCAAUGGAAAUGAAGUUGUCAAUUUGAACGACCAAUCGACGGCUCAUGGCAAUUGUCGAUUCUGGUUGACCCAAAAUGAUGAAAUUGAUUUGAAUGUCGAUGUCAAUGGACAAGCCCGAGACAUUGAACGCAUUCAACAGCGAUAUAUCUUGUGUUUGUUGUUUGAACAUACCUCGGGCCAAAACUGGCAAUUGGGCAAUGGGACCUUCAAGGACAAGACGGCUCAUGAAUGUACCUGGGAGGGUGUUACUUGCAAUGGAUAUGAUUAUGUGGCAGUCUUGGAUUUGUGGAAUAAGAAUCUAGUCGGAAGCAUUCCAGAAGAAAUCACGUCCUUGGCAACCUUGCAGGUUUUGAGAUUGCCCAACAAUACCUUGGUUGGGACCAUUCCCGAACGUCUUUUGGAUUUGCCAGAUCUGCUUUGGUUGGAUUUGAGCAAUAAUCAAUUGACGGGAUCGGUAGUCUCCUCCACGGCCAGUGGAAGUUCCUUGCUGACCCUGUACCUCAAUGCCAAUGGACUCCAAGGAACCAUUCCCUACUUUCCACAAUUGACCAGUCUGCGCAUUCACGGCAAUCAAUUCAAUCAAUUGAAUGAAUUGUAUACCACUUCCACACCCCUUAGACGGUUGGUGGCCUACAACAACAACUUCCAAUCCACCUUUCCACAAACUUGGAAUUCACCAAACCUCAUGCAUUUAGAUUUGGGAUUGAAUCAAUGGAUGGGUUCCAUUCCACCCUCGCUCUGGCAAACGACACCCAAAUUGGAAUUUCUAUUGCUCAAUGAUGGACAAUUGCAAGGCAAUUUGCCCUCUACCACAGCCUCGUCCAAUCUUCAAUAUGUUUGGUUGCAAUCCAAUCAACUGACGGGGACGGUACCCGAAACCUUUGGACAAAAUUGGAUGAAUUUGACAAGUUUGCAACUCCAAGACAAUGAUGGUUUGCGUGGAAGGAUUAGUGCAUCCCAAUGCAUGCAAUGGGAAAAACAGACAUUUGAGACAUUCCCUGAAGUCAUUCGGGCGGAUUGCAACUUUGUGAGCUGUUCCUGUUGCACAAGUUGUUCUUAA